AUGUCGAAUUAUUCUGAUUAAAUACUCCAAUUACUUUUGAAAAGGCAGAAUAGUAUUAACCGUAGGAAUUAUUUUAAAACUAAUAAAGAUGGAGUUAUUGAAUAAAAGGACUUCAUUUCAACUAUUGAACUUCUAGAUUAUGAAAUACCUAAAUAUGAAAUUGAAAAGUUUUAUAAUUCUAUUUUAACUUAAUUUUACUCACAAACACUAACUUUUCAGAUAUUGGACUAAUUAUUACUCCAAGCCUAAAAGAAAACCGCAGAAUCGAUCAAGUCUAAACAAAAAAAUAGAACUCCAAAUGAAAUAUUUAUUCAGGUUUCUCAAAACAUACAAAGCAAAAAAUAAGAUAUUGAAAAAGCUUUUAAAUAUUUUGAUUCUGAUAAAGAUAAUAUCCUAAAUGAAAAAGAAUUUAAAAAAUUAUUGGAAUAUUACACCUUCCCAAUAAUAUCUGACGAUGAAUAUUCAGCUUUGAAAAAUUCAUAUUCUCCUUAUUAUAUCACUCUUCAUACUUUACAGAAUUGGAUAAAUUAAAUUGGAUACAAUAUUUAUAAUAACCAAAAUCUCAUAUCAAAUUAAUAAUAUACAAAAAAUAAAAGAAGUUAAACUCAACACUCUCAAGAACGACAGAAAGAUAUCAGAUCAAAUUAAAUACUUUAGAGUCCUCAAAAAUAUCUACUUAAUUAGACACUACCUAAAAUAGGAACAUAGGAAAAGGAAUAAUAAAGGGAAUAAGUAUAUUUACAAUAACAUAUACAUUUAUAAGCGUAAAAGAAAUAGCAAUAAUAGUAAUAAUAAUAAUAAUAGUACUAGUUACAGUAAUAGUAAUAAUAAUAAUAAUAAUAGUUCUAUUUAUUGUAAUAGUAAUAAGUAGAAUAAUAGUAAUAGUAGUAAUAAUAGUAAUAAUAAUAAUAAUAAUAAUAAUAAUAAUAAUAAUAAUAAUAAUAAUAAUAAUAAUAAUAAUAAUAAUAAUAAUAAUAAUAAUAAUAAUAAUAAUAAUAAUAAUAAUAAUAAUAAUAAUAAUAAUAAUAAUAAUAAUAAUAAUAAUAAUAAUAAUAAUAAUAAUAAUAAUAAUAAUAAUAAUAAUAAUAAUAAUAAUAAUAAUAAUAAUAAUAAUAAUAAUAAUAAUAAUAAUAAUAAUAAUAAUAAUAAUAAUAAUAAUAAUAAUAAUAAUAAUAAUAAUAAUAAUAAUAAUAAUAAUAAUAAUAAUAAUAAUAAUAAUAAUAAUAAUAAUAAUAAUAAUAAUAAUAAUAAUAAUAAUAAUAAUAAUAAUAAUAAUAAUAAUAAUAAUAAUAAUAAUAAUAAUAAUAAUAAUAAUAAUAAUAAUAAUAAUAAUAAUAAUAAUAAUAAUAAUAAUAAUAAUAAUAAUAAUAAUAAUAAUAAUAAUAAUAAUAAUAAUAAUAAUAAUAAUAAUAAUAAUAAUAAUAAUAAUAAUAAUAAUAAUAAUAAUAAUAAUAAUAAUAAUAAUAAUAAUAAUAAUAAUAAUAAUAAUAAUAAUAAUAAUAAUAAUAAUAAUAAUAAUAAUAAUAAUAAUAAUAAUAAUAAUAAUAAUAAUAAUAAUAAUAAUAAUAAUAAUAAUAAUAAUAAUAAUAAUAAUAAUAAUAAUAAUAAUAAUAAUAAUAAUAAUAAUAAUAAUAAUAAUAAUAAUAGUAAUAGUAAUAAUAGUAAUAAUAGUAAUAAUAAUAAUAGUAAUCAUAAUAGUAAUAAUAAUAGUAAUAAUAGUAAUAGUAAUAAUAGUAAUAAUAGUAAUAAUAGUAAUAGUAAUAAUAGUAAUUGUAACAAUAGUAAUAAUUGUAAUAAUAAUAAGAACUAUAAUAAUAAUAAUAAUAACUACAUUCAUCCAAUGUUUCUUCAAUUGAUGAAUCUAAUUUGUAUGAAGACCCAACUUAAGAAUCCAAAUUGAAUCUUGAAAUAAAAUUUGAGAAUUUUGUAAUUCCAAAUUGUAAAAUCGAAAAUAUUUAAAAAUUUCUCUAAAUAUUUAAUGAAUCAAUUAGAACGAAUCAAGCAUUUACAGAUUUAGAAUUCCCAGCAAAUGCUUAGAGUUUAGGUUCAAAAUUAACAGAGUUUAAUUGGAAACGAAUAGGUGAUAUCUGGCCUUUAUAUGAAAUUUUCGUUAAAAAUAAAACAUACUCAAGAUUUGGCUUAGGUAGAUGGAUCAGUCCAAAAGACAUUUAUCAAGGGUAAUUAGGAGAUUGUUAUUUCUUGUCCGUCGUUAGUUCAUUAGUCUCUAGAUGGUAAAGAAAUAAAUAAUUAGAAUAGGCCUGAGUUUUUGCUGAACUUAUUCAUAACUUAAAAAAUAAAUUCAUCUGCCAUAUUUUCUGUUAGGCUUUGCAUUGAUGGUAUUUGGAAAGCCAUAAUACUUGAUGAUUAUAUUCCUGUCCUAAAAAAUGAACCUGCAUUUUCAUCAAGCAAAUAAGAAGAAGUCUGGGUUUUACUAUUGGAAAAAGCUUGGGCAAAAUCAUUUGGAUCGUAUUCAAAUAUAAUAUCUGGAAACUCUAAGGAAGUCAUCCGUAGUUUAACAGGAUGUCCAGCAGAAGCCAUUAAAACUGAUUUACCCAACUUUAAAGAACUAUUUAUUAAUCUAGUGAAAAAAAAAUGUUUGAUGACAACAGGGACUAUUUCUGAGACUAAUGAUAAAGAUAUGAAGGGCUUAAUUUUUGAUCAUGCUUAUUCUGUUUUGAAAUUAAAAACUAUUCAUCAUCCAACAAAAGGGGAAGUUACUUUAAUCAAAUUGAGAAAUCCUUGGGGCAAAAAAGAAUGGACAGGAGAAUGGAAUGAGGAUAGUCCUUUAUGGACUGAAGAAUUAAAAAAGAAAUUAAAAAUUUAGCAAGGCUAAAAGGAUGGAGUUUUCUACAUGCCAUAUGAAGAUUUUAUUCAGUAUUUCAGUACAAUCUAUGUGGGACAUUUUAAAAAAAAUUAUGUUAAUACUGCUCAAACCAUAGUUAGUAAAUCAAAUAGAUCUACAUAUUUCAUUUUUAACAAUGAUAUCCCAGGUGAAUACUAUUUCAUGGCUUAAUAAAAAUCCAUAAGACAUUAUAAUGACAAAUAAUCAAAUUAUGAGUACUCACCUAUAAGAAUAUUACUUGCUUAAUAGAUUAAUAAAAGUUAUGUAUUGAAAUAAGCAAAACAUGAGAAGGAUCAAUAAGUAUUUGUAGGGGGAUUCUUUGAAAAAGGUCAAUACUUUUUAUAAGUGAAGGUAAAGUGGCUAUAGAUGAGCGAGGGAGAGUUUAUAAUUAGCACUUACGGACCGAAAGAAGUGAACCUUAGGCAGAUUGAUAAAGAUCAACCUUUCAUAAAACAAAUUCUUUUAAAUUUAGCGAAUCAAAACCCUUAGAGAUAAAAUAGUGGAUUUUCAAAUCUGGAAAUUAUUUCUAAUUUCCAUAUAGAAUAUGGGUACUUAAUUAAUUUUAUGUUAGAAUUGGUUACGAAUAUUAUCAAAAUACUGGUAAUGAUAGUAUAUAAGUAAAAGGUACUUUGUCGGUCUUGCAAGGAUUAAAGUUAAAAAAACCAGAGAAAGGAAAUUAAUAUGAAAUAACAUUAAAACCUUAAUCUAAAUAUCUAAUUGCUUACACUCUGGAAGCUGAUGGAUUUUAAAGACAAAUAUAAAGAGAAUAUUCAGCAACAAAAUUAUGA